UACACUUAAAUUUGGCCAGGAUGCCGUACUAUAACAGUGGGCACAGUCCUUCCGCCUAUAAUAAAGACGGAGGAUCGAGCGGGCCAUCGAGCACAUCGGGCGGCCGAGUCAGCGGCUCCGAGCCGACGUACAUGAUGGAGCAUUUGGCCACGUUCACGGUCACGAAGGAAACCGGUAUUGUUUAUCCAGCGGACGGUAUGCGGCGACUUCUGCAGCUGGAGAAGAGUAACGGCAUCUGGAGUCAAAAGAUGCAGCUCCGUCUGGAACGGAACUGGGUCCUGAUCAUGGACAACGAGACGGGGGCCGUCAUGGAGCGAUUCCCAGCCUCGUUGAUACAGGAACCGACCGCAUUCACGUCGGGGGACCCUAUGGAGAUGUAUAACAACAUUCUCGUCUUCACAGUGGCGGAUGACAGCGGUUCAGGGCAGCGCGCCGAGAUGCAUAUAUUCCAGUGUCAGAGCGUAUCCGCCCAGGAUCUCGUGAAGGACUUGAAGAUGCUACAGAUGGGCAAAUUGGUCCCUGGCGGAUCACCCAGGGGGCCCAGGGGUCGUAUACCGCCGCCCCCCACUCUCCCGCCACCGGAACCACCCCUGAACGGGGUGAACGUCCGUGAACAGGUGUCCGCCUUUAACGCGAACAAUGCGGAUGGCCAGAACGACAUAUCCCGGGAGGAGAACAACGACGAGGUGUCCUCGACGUCCUCGGAGAAAUACGAACGGGACGUGACGAUUCUGAACCAUUGUUUCGAUGACAUCGAGAAAUUUAUCGCCCGGCUGCAGCACGCCGCGGCCGCGUCCAAGGAGCUCGAACGUCGCAGACGGAACCGCAAGUCGAAGAAACGGAAUCUCGGUGACGGUAUGCUAACGAUGAGAGCGAAACCGCCGCCGGAGAUGGAGUUCAUCGAUAUCUUCCAAAAGUUCAAGCUCUCGUUCAAUCUGCUCGCGAAACUGAAAGCGCACAUCCACGAUCCGAACGCGCCCGAGCUGGUCCACUUUCUGUUCACCCCGUUGGCAUUGAUCGUCGACGCGUCACGUGACACCAAUUACGAUCCGAAUCUGCCUAGCAAAGUGGUGUCGCCGUUGUUGACCCGAGAGGCGGUGAAUCUGUUGAUGAACUGCGUCACCAGUAAAGAGACCGAGCUCUGGCACUCGUUGGGCGAUACAUGGUUGAUACCACGGGACCAAUGGAAAGAUCACGUACCGCCUUAUCAUCCGAUCUUCAUGGACGGUUGGUCACCCGAGUACCCUAUACCAGAGGAUCGGGAUCACGAUCAUCUGGCGUCACUGCUGAACGCGGACAAACAGAAGAGGGACGAGCUACCGGAGCAACAAAACGAUCCUUACUAUAAUCACCGUGAGGUAGACGAGUCUCACUACAGCAGCGACUAUUUGGAGUACGAAAGCAGAGAGGAACGUGGCGGUAACGAGUACUUCGAGAGGAAUUACGGUCCCGCCUCGGAACUGUACGCGAGGGAGGAAAGGGUGGUAGAUCAAACACGAGCACACAGCGAUAUAUCCGUGGACUCGAUCGAGAGAACACCCAGAGGCGCGGCGAUCGAUCGUGCCCAGGAGGCAUGGCUCGACGAUCUGAUGGCCAGACACGCGAAGAUCGUGCAAGUCACCUAUCCACGUACGGCGAACAACGACAAAGAGCUGACCGUGGUCAGAGGCGAGUAUCUCGAGAUACUCGACGACAGUCGGAAAUGGUGGAAGGCGAGGAACGCGAGGGGCCAGGUCGCCCACGUGCCCCACACAAUUGUCACGCCCCAUAAUCCCGGCCACGCGGCCGACAACGAUGUUUUUAACAAUCCACUGUACACCAGCCGAUACCCCCGACAGGGGCACGGCUAUAAUUAUGAGGACUCGGAAAUCGAAAGGACCAGCACGAGUCCAGGACCGGAAGCGACCCAUCGGACACACGCUAUCCCACCGCCGGCGCCCGCUGAUUGGGUGAGGAAAGAGAGACUCGGGAAAAAAGACGAGUCUACCGAAACUAACAAGGUAACAAUCACAACAAAUGGCACCGAUACCAGUGACUUGUCUCACACGAACGAACGUCCGAAACCAAAGUCGAACAAGAUGACGGAAAUCGUUGAGAUCCACCCUCCACCCCCUGGCGUAAUCGAAGAAAUCGUUGUUCCUGACAGAUCAUCGCCACCCCUGCCACCUCCGCCUCCACCAUUGCAGUCUCAGACAUCAGUUUCUUCAACCAGUUCCAGCAGAACAGGAACUUACAAAAGCAGAAAGUCCACUAGUGGGUUGAUGAACCAAGAAGAGAUGCAAAAGGAGCUAAAGUACGUUCUAAUGAAAUUCCGCGAGAAGAAGCAGAACGAGAAUGAUAUUGUCACUCGUGACGCUAUCUUGGACCAGUGUUCCAGCCCCAGCGAAGUCCAGACCUGGCUGACUGCCAAAGGAUUUUCAGAAAAAACUUGCAAACACUUAAGGGACAGGACUGGUUCAGACAUCUUUGAUUUGACCAGACGAGAAUUGGAGCACAGUUGCGGCAUAGCCGAAGGUGGCAGACUCUUCAGUCAAAUCACCUUAGCAAAAAGCGAAUCUGAGAAGAAAAGUCCUCGAACAUCAGAAUUGAAGAAUAUACUAGUGAAAGCUCGUCACAGGGCGGAAGAACAAUAG